AUGGCAGAAUUGCGGGCGAGAACGAAGCCUGAUUUAGUUGACAAACUCAAUAGUGGCGCAUAUGAGACUAUGGCUGACCUAUUUUAUUUUGGAGAAUCCGAGCAGUCUCAAGGGUCAGAGCUUCAUCCAAAAACCCAGACUCCUCAAUCUCAAGAACCAGAACAAGAAAAGGCUGUUAUCGCUGUAAUCAAACAACUGUAUGCCCGCGACCAGCUAAUAUCAUCCGGUGUUGCCCCCAUAGAAUUCCGU